GAUCCACCAUCCCUGAGAUCUCUCUUUCUUCUUUCAUAGAAAAUCCCUCCCCUUUUUUCUCACUCUCACACUCUGAACUCCGUGUUAAGGAAUCACACAGCUCAUACCGUCAGAAUAACGUGACGAUAAACUCGCUUUCUUCCAUGUGAGUAUGGAGAUUUGAGUAGAAUGCUAGCAAAAAAUAGUUGAAAUAGAGUCGUUUUUUCGGAUUUUACGGAGAAUUUCAAGGGGGAGAGAAGUUUGAAUCAGCUUUGACGGUGAGGAUUUUGGAGAAUUGUUGUUUUGUAUGAUGACGAAGACGAAUGCUGAAACAACUUUGUUGAAUCCUAACAUCAUUUCUUUCGAUCAUAAGAGGGAUGCUUAUGGAUUCUCUGUACGGCCUCAACAUGUACAAAGAUAUCGUGAAUAUGCUAAUAUCUACAAGGAAGAAGAGGAAGAAAGGUCAGAUAGGUGGAAUAAUUUUUUGGAACGGCAGGCGGAGUCUGCCCAAUUGAUCAUAAAUGGGGUGUCUGCAGAUGGCAACUCCAGCAAACCUGAUACUGGAUCAUUGUUUCAGAAGGCAAACUCCUUUUCACAGAAUGGAGAUGAAGACAAUAACCAAACCGUUGAAAAGUGUGGUUCUGAGGAUCAUCUUGAAGGUGCAAUAGAGAAGGAUGAUACAAAAACCUCAGUUGAGAGAAAAACUCAUCAGGCCCAAAUAUGGUCGGAGAUCAGACCAACUCUACAUGCCAUUGAGGAUAUGAUGAGCAUUCGUGUAAAAAAAAAGGUAAAUUUGGCCAAAAAUGAGCAAGACUGUGGUCUGCAGGAACAUCCUCUUGCAGUUGAAGAGUCUGGUGCCACAAAAGGAGAAUCUGAAGAGGACUCAGAAGACGAGUUUUAUGAUUUAGAAAGAUCAGAAUCUAUGGACAAAUUAGAUGUGGGUGCCAUGCAAGAUGUUUCUCUAAAUGAAAAUAUUAGUCAUUUGGCUACUAAAUGUCAAGAGUCUUUACCAUCUUGGAAAGAAGAACUGGAGUGUCUUGUUCGAGGUGGAGUACCCAUGGCUCUCAGGGGAGAGCUUUGGCAAGCCUUUGUGGGUGUGAAGGCACGCAGGGUGGAGACCUAUUACCAGGAUUUGCUUGCUUUAGGCACUAAACCUGGUAAUAAUGCAGAGGAUAAAAGCACUGUAUCAAAGGAUGGAAGUUGUGUGGACCCAAGCAUAGAUACUGCAUUUCUUCCUGAAAAUUGGAGAGGGCAAAUUGAGAAGGAUCUACCCAGAACAUUUCCUGGACAUCCAGCUCUAGACGAGGAUGGAAGAAAUGCUUUAAGGCGUUUACUUACUGCCUAUGCUCGGCAUAAUCCCUGUGUAGGCUACUGUCAGGCCAUGAAUUUUUUUGCUGGUCUGCUAUUGCUUCUAAUGCCCGAGGAAAAUGCAUUUUGGACUCUAGUGGGGAUUCUAGAUGAUUAUUUUGAUGGCUAUUACUCAGAAGAGAUGAUAGAGUGUCAGGUUGACCAACUUGUUCUUGAGGUAUUGGUGCGAGAGAAAUUUCCAAAAUUGGUUAAUCAUCUUGAUUACCUAGGAGUUCAGGUAGCAUGGGUUACAGGACCAUGGUUCCUCUCCAUAUUUAUGAACAUGCUUCCAUGGGAAAGUGUCCUCAGAGUCUGGGAUGUACUUCUGUUUGAAGGAAACCGAGUGAUGUUAUUCCAUACCGCGCUUGCUUUGAUGGAGCUUUAUGGACCUGCAUUAGUUACCACAAAAGAUGCAGGGGAUGCAGUUACCCUGUUGCAGUCACUUGCUGGCUCCACAUUCGAUAGCAGUCAACUGGUGCUGACAGCCUGCAUGGGCUAUCAAAAUGUUAAUGAAGCUCGAUUAGAAGAACUAAGAAAUAAGCAUCGACCAGCUGUGAAGGCUGCUGUUGAAGAGAGGUUCAAAGGACUUCGAGUUUGGAGGGACUGUCAGGGUUUAGCUUCUAAACUCUCCAGUUUUGAGCAUGAUCCUGGAUCUGUAAUUGUUGGAACCACUGAAACCGAUAAAAAAACUGAUGAAGUGAUGAAUAGUGAUGCAUCUAAUUAUGUGGAUGAACUUCACAUGAACCUUAGUGGUAAUGUGGCAGAUUCUGCUCCAGAUCUCCAAGAACAGGUGGUCUGGCUGAAGGUUGAGUUGUCCAAGUUGCUGGAGGAGAAAAAAUCUGCUGAACUCAGAGCUGAGGAGUUGGAAGCAGCAUUGAUGGAGAUGGUCAAGCAGGAUAACAGGCGGCAGUUGAGCGCACGGGUUGAGCAAUUAGAAAGACAGGUUGCUGAGCUUCAAGAGGCCCUUGUUGCUAAGCAAGAACAAGAGAAUGCCAUGCUUCAGGUUUUGAUGAGGGUGGAGCAAGAACAGAGGGUAACAGAAGAUGCUCGCAUAUUUGCUGAACAAGAGGCAGCAGCUCAAAGACAUACCUCUCAAUUGCUACAGGAAAAGUAUGAAGAAGCCAUCGCUUCCCUUGCUGAGACGGAAAAGAGGGUGGUUAUGGCAGAAUCGAUGUUGGAGGCUACCUUGCAGUACCAAUCUGGACAAGAUAAAGUGCUUCCCUCUCCAAGAUCUACGCAGCAAGUUUCAUCUCCUGUAGGGGGCAACCAAGAAUCAUCACUAGAGAUACCUGCUAGAAAAAUCAGUUUGCUCUCAAGACCGUUUGGACUUGGCUGGCGUGACAGCAACAAGGGGAAGCCGACCGAGGAGGUUAAUGACACCAAAACAGUGAAUGAGGAGCAGAAGGAAAUAAAUGACCAUCAGUCUGAGAAGAAAAUACAAGAGGCCUAAAGAUGCAGAUUCAAAUAAUGACCACCAAAUGUAGAAUGCUUUCAAUACUGGUCACUGUAUCUAUAUAGAGGUGAUAAUUUUUGUAUUCAGUUGCUUAUUCAUUUAAGUAAGACUAUAAUCAGUCACAUGGUGUAAAGGAAAAAAGAGCAUUUCGGUUUACUGUAUUUGUAAAAUCAUUCUCAAUUACCUUCAAUUGUAUAUCUUGCUGGGUGUGCCCAAGUUGUACACAA